AUGUCAAUCCCCGUUCUCGUCCCUCCUCAGAGGUUCCGCCAAAGCUUGAACUCCGAGCCACCAUCACCGUCGUCAUCGUCCUCGUCAGACCAAAUUACGGCCCCAUCUCUCGCAGGGACAUGGUACAUAACUCGCUCAUCGAGUCCAUUCUGGCGCGACAAGCAUGGAGUGUGUAUUAAUCUUACUCCAGAAGACGCGCAGCAAUCAAGCAAGCCCAACCAGUCGACUAUAUACACCAACCGGACGGCUUACCGUACGUCUGCCGAAACUUCUGCGAGCAUCAAGACUGUUUCGGGGACGGAUCGUCGUGUUGCCAUCUCUAAUACAGAUGGUAAUUGUUCAAGCGCUAUCAUUAUGGAGUGGAGAGGUAGUGGGUGGUUGAGAAUUGCGAAGACGAGGUGGGAAAUACUCGGGUUUGGUGCAGCGUGGAUGGUUGUUUAUGCUGACAAGUCAAUGUUCACACCUGCUGGGAUCAGUGUGUACUCGAGGGAGAAAGAGCUAAAUAGUGAAUUGGAGGGAGAGAUCCAGGAUGCCUUGGCCAGGAUGAUGGAGGGGAAUUCUAGCGAAGAGUUGGCGGGAUUUGUAAAGGAUAUUCAUGUUAUAGGUAUUUGA